UGCUGGAGUCGGACCCGGAACAGACCGGCGCGGGAGAGGAGCGACCCGGGCCCUCGAUUCGCGGCUGGGGACUGAAUUGCAUCUGGCUUGUGGCUUAUCAAAGGAACACAAGAACAGUCCCACUGAAGUGAUGUGUGACCUCAGGUACAAGGAGAAGAAACCCUACCAGUGAACUGAGACUCCACAAAGGGCACUAUGGCCACAUCAGCCCCUCUACGAAGCCUGGAGGAGGAGGUGACAUGCUCUAUCUGCCUUGAUUACCUGCGGGACCCUGUGACCAUUGACUGUGGCCACGUCUUCUGCCGCAGCUGUACCACAGACGUCCGGCCCAUCUCUGGUGGACGCCCCGUCUGCCCACUCUGCAAGAAGCCUUUUAAGAAGGAAAACAUCCGACCUGUGUGGCAAUUGGCUAGCCUGGUGGAGAACAUUGAGCGACUGAAAGUGGACAAGGGCAGGCAGCCCGGUGAGGUGGCCCGGGAGCAGCAGGACACAAAGUUAUGUGAGCGACACCAGGAGAAGCUGCACUACUAUUGUGAGGAUGAUGGGAAGCUGCUGUGUGUGAUGUGCCGGGAGUCACGGGAACACCGGCCUCACACAGCUGUCCUGGUAGAGAAGGCCGCUCAGCCCCACAGGGAAAAAAUUCUGAACCACUUGAGUACCCUCAGGAGAGACAGAGACAAGAUUCAGGGCUUUCAGGCGAAGGGAGAAGCUGAUAUUCUGGCUGCAUUGAAGAAGCUACAGGAGCAGAGGCAAUACAUUGUUGCAGAGUUCAAGCAGGGCCACCAGUUCCUGAAGAAGCGGGAGCAGCAUCUGCUGGACCAACUGGCCACCCUGGAGCAGUUGCUUACGGAGGGCAGGGAAAAGUUCAAGACCCGGGGCGUUGGGGAGCUUGCCCGGCUGGCUCUGGUCAUCUCUGAGCUGGAGGGCAAGGCACGGCAGCCAGCGGCAGAACUCAUGCAGGAUACCAGAGACUUUGUGAAUAGGUAUCCACGGAAGAAAUUCUGGAUUGGGAAACCCAUCACUCACGUGGUUAAAAGAAAGACUGGAGAAUUCUCAGAUAAACUCCUCUCUCUGCAGCGCGGCCUGAGGCAAUUCCAAGGAAAGCUGCUGAGAGACUUGGAAUAUAAGACUGUUAGUGUCACCCUGGAUCCACAAUCAGCCAGUGGGUACCUGCAGCUGUCAGAGGACUGGAAAUGUGUGACCUACACCAGCCUGUACCAGAGUGUCUACCAGCACCCCCAGCAGUUUGACUGCGAGCCAGGAGUGCUAGGCAGUAAGGGUUUCACCUGGGGCAAGGUGUACUGGGAAGUGGAGAUAGAGAGGGAGGGCUGGUCGGAGGAUGAAGAGGAGGGAGAUGAGGAGGAAGAGGGGGAAGAGGAAGAGGAGGAAGAGGAGGCUGGCUAUGGGGAUGGAUAUGAUUGGGAAACAGAUGAAGAUGAAGAAUCACUGGGGGAUGAAGAAGAGGAGGAGGAGGAAGAAGAGGAGGAAGUUCUGGAAAGCUGCAUGGUGGGGGUGGCCAGAGACUCUGUGAAGAGGAAGGGAGACCUCUCUCUGCGGCCAGAGGAUGGGGUGUGGGCACUGCGCCUCUCUUCCUCAAGCAUCUGGGCCAACACCAGCCCUGAGGCCGAGCUCUUCCCAGCACUGCGGCCCCGGAGAGUGGGCAUUGCCCUGGAUUAUGAAGGGGGCACCGUGACUUUCACCAAUGCAGAGUCACAGGAACUCAUCUACACCUUCUCUGCCACCUUCACUGGGCGCCUGGUCCCCUUCUUGUGGCUCAAGUGGCCAGGAACACGCCUCCUGCUGAGACCCUGAGCCUGACACCUGUUCUCAGCCCCACACCCAUGGAUGCGUCACUUCUCUGGGAUCCCAGGACUCUGAUAGGGUGAGGUGCCUGGCCAGAGCACCUGGAGCAGGGGAGAGGAGGAACCCCAUGCCCACUACCAUGCACCUCCCCAUCAUGGCGGCCCAUGAGACCUCACUCAGUGCUGUAGCUCUGUCUGUCAUGCCCUCAUCAGGCUCUUCUGCCUCUUGCUGGUUUACUGUGGGACCUUAUGACUCUGAAGUCCUUGAGGGCUCCCUUUCUUCUUUUUGACUACCCAUUGCUGUAUCUUUGUGCUCUUUGUUGAAUAAGGGGCCAAGACAGGAUUUUCUGGAACCUAUAUGGCAUCCUAUGCCCUCUAGUCUUGAGGAGGACCAUCAUUUACCCCUGAGACCAUUUCGUUGCCCUCAAAUCCCUGUAGGCUUCCCUUGCCAAAAUUCACUCAGCUGCUCACCUUCCCUGGCAGUUUAAACAAGCCUACUCCCACCUUAGCUCAGAUUUAAACAUACAUGAAAAUGCUAGAAAUAAACUGAAAAUACACAGAGACUUCCCAGGCCAUUUAGGUUGGCUGCCUGGAGUGCUGAUAGGAAUUAUGUUCUCCUGGAAGGUUCAGGACAAAGUCCAUGCUCCUCUAAAAUCAGGGCUGGGCAUAUGAGGUUUCCAUAGCUGAUCGGUGGAACUCCCUAGAGCCAUCUGUGACCUUGUGGAAAGGAUCUAGAUAUAUGUGACUUUGGGGUAAUAACUGUGAUCACAAUAAAUCAACUGUGUGGAUUGGUCCUUGUGAGGGGAGUUUUGAAAAGAAUCCAGAACAUUUGUUCUUGAUCCAUGUAUCUAAAAACACUAGGGCAGGUGCCCAAGAGAGCAAAAUCUCCCCUGCCGUGGGGACUUCUCAGUUUUUCCAAGGAUAUUAGAGUCCAGGCUCAACUCUCUAGGACAAGGAAUGGGGAGGGAAGGAGAACAGAAGAGUCCACAUCAAACCUUCUAGUUCUCGUGUCAGAGGAGAGAUUGAGGUUUCGUCUCACUACCUGUGGAUCCAGCCCUUGGUCCAGAUGCCCUUAGUGCCCUCAGUUUAACAAAAGCUUCCUGCUCUAGCCAAAGUGACCCAGUUUUUGUCCUUACCAGUCCAAGCAUUUCACCAAUCCCCUGCUUAUCCAAGGAUUGACUCCCCACCUCUGGAGGUUGAUUGCUCCCUACCACUCUGGUUCUCAGUGGUCUCUUAGCCACCACAUUGUCCCAGAGUAGCCCACUUUGUAUGUAUCACAUGCUGCCUGAGUUACAUGUACAUCUUAUUUCUGCAUCUAGUUUUGUAAGCUCCUGGAGGGUGGUUAUCAUCCCUUAAUACUUCUCUUAAAUUCUCCAAGGCAUCAAGUGCAGUGCUGGGCACGGAGUAGGUGCUCAAUAAAGAUUUGUUGAAUGAAGAACCUGGAGAUACGUAUAUAUUUAUUAUGAUACAGAUGUCACCAGACUCAUUCUAGCUCCAAAGAGCUUCCAUUGAUACUGGUAUCCUAGAACUCUGACUGCUUUCUAUCUUCUCAUGCUAUUCUUUCUGUAAAUCCCCAAAGAGGAGCCUUCCAUAGACACAGACCAUGGCUCCACCUUGUUCUUCCUCUCCUGUAGUUCCUUGAACUAGGUCUAGCAGCAGGUGACCCACUUUGAGAAGGGUGGCAGCAGCUGGUACACCCAUAUCCUUUCUUGGAAAAUAUUUGAUGCCCCAGAGAAAUUGCCAUCUAUAGCCAGUCUUGCCUCCUAAUACAUUUGGUUUUUAGCCACUUGUCUGUUCUGAAUUUUUGAAAUUGCCAUCUUAAUGACAGAAAAGUAAGGAUUCUACAAAACUACCUCUGAAAUGACACUCAUGGCAAAGAGCAUAUUUCCUUUCUGUACUCCCAUUUUGGGGACUCACAUUUUCCAUUUUAAUUUUUUAAUGUGCAUAGUUUAAUUUUUAUGAACUAUGCCUACAUAAAUAAUCAACUAUUUCUGCAGUGCUUCCAAAGAGAGCAAUCCCCUGCUUCAUUCCUCUCUCAAGAAACCCAGUUCAUCCUUUUAAGCAGACUAAUGGUGUUUAUUUUUAUUUUUUUCCUUAAUAACGUGCGUUUGGGAACUUAUCCCCUGAUGCCUACUGUGAGGAAGAAAGAUUUAGUUCUCUGCUCUCUCUGCCCCUCAGUACACACACUUUCCCGCCCAUCCCCAGCCCUUCAGUGUGGUCCUAACAUUGAAUAAGUAACCAAUCUGUCCAUUAUUAUGUCUGUGUAAAGGAUAUUUACACCUGCGUUCCUGCACAAGUCUUGUCUCCUCUGGAGUCAAUACCUGUUCUCCCCACCACUUCUGCUUUAUUUCCUAUGACCUUAUUACUAAUCUAACCCCGAACUCUUUCCCCAGUUGCCAAAGAUCUCAAGAUGCUCUUAAAAUUUUUUCUGAUACCUCUCUUCUGAAGCCUCCUGACUUUGAACCUGCAGCCGUUGCUCCCUCAUCUGUGCACAACUUCCUGCAUCUCUCUUCAACAUCAUACUGAAGAUCCUGGGUUGGCUCCAUUUCUUUGUCUUUUGUCUUCACUCCUAAUUUACUUCAUUUUGGUGAAACAUCAUUAGUAACUUCCUAAAAAAAGGUGCCUGGAAGUUAAUUUUUUUAAAUUGAAUAUCUGGAAAUAUCCUUAUCCCACUUUUACAUUUAAGAGUUUUGCUGAGUAUAGGAUUCUUGAGUGGAAAUAAUUUUACUUUGGGAUUUCAAAAGAUGGCUCCACUGCCUUCUGGCUUCCAUCAUUGCUGUUGAGAAUUCUUGUGGACCCUGGUUCUUGAUCCUUUGAGUGUGACAUGCUGUUUGCUGGAAGGUUUGGGGUUUUAUCUGUGUCCUUAGAUUUCUUGAUGUGCCUUUGUAUGGUUCCCCCCCUCCUUGUGCUGUGUAACUCAAUGAGCCCCUUUGUUCUGGAAGUUCAUAGCCUUUUGGUCUUGGGAAAUUGUAUUGAAUUAUUUCGUGAUGAUUUUU